AUGUCUCGACCUGCAAACCGUGCUGACUGGGCUGACGACGAGGAGUUCGAUGACCCCUCGGCGCUCCCACCGCAGCAAGUGACAACGAACAAAGACGGCACAAAGACGGUGGUCUCGUACCGAUUCAACGAUGACGGCAAGAAAGUGAAGGUCACGCGACGCAUCAAAACGACCGUUGUUCGCGAGCAAGUCAACCCUCAAGUCGCAGAGCGCCGAUCGUGGGACAAAUUCGGUCUGGAGAAGGGCCACGCGGCGGGACCCUCGUUCGACACAACCUCCGUGGGCGAGAACAUUGUUUUCCGGCCGAACGUGAACUGGAAGGUGCAGGCUGCGGAGGAGGAUAAGGCCGGCGGCGAGAAGGGCAGCAUGAAGGACCAGCUCAAGGACAAGAAGGUCAAGUGUCGGAUUUGCAGCGGAGAGCACUUUACAGCAAGAUGUCCGUUCAAGGAUACCAUGGCGCCUAUCGACGAGCCUACUGCUGGUGGAGAUGUCGGGGCCGAGGAGCCUGCGGCGGGUGGACUUGGUGCUACUUCCGGCAGCUAUGUGCCGCCUCAUCUGCGGAAGGGUGCUGCUGCUGGCGGCGAGAAGAUGGCUGGCAAGUACGAGAAAGACGAUUUGGCUACGCUGCGGGUUACAAACGUCAGCGAGUUGGCCGAAGAGCAGGAGUUGCGGGAUCUGUUCGAGCGUUUCGGUCGCGUGACGAGAGUAUUCCUGGCGCGGGACCGCGAGACACAGCGGGCCAAGGGCUUUGCUUUCAUCAGUUUUGCAGACCGGGACGAUGCGGCGCGUGCGUGCGACAAGAUGGAUGGCUUCGGUUAUCGCCACUUGAUUCUCCGCGUGGAAUUCGCCAAGCGUUCUUAG